AAACUAUUUGUAUAAGAAUAAAGUCACAUGAUUUACUGAGGGUUGGCGUUUAUUUGAUUAGAGGGGCUGAAAAAAUGUAAAAAUCCAAGGAAAAUUGAAAAAUGAAGGUGGGCGAAGGGUAAUUUUUGUAUUUGGUUUUCCCUCCCGUUUUUCGAUUAGUUGGCCACUCUGGGGAUCCGGCCCAACGAAAAGUUUUCGAAUGGCGGAUUCGAUACAGGUCGAGUUACUUGCCACUCUCGUCGUCGGUGAGCACAGCUUUUAUUUACCCUCGCCUCCGUUCAGCCCCCGAUCCAACGAAAUCCGCCUCCUUUCAGACGUACUGUCCGACUGAAACAUGCAUCUGCCGAGCUAUAGAGCACCGUCUGCGUCGCCCAGCUAACCGCAGUCUCCAACUUACGAUGAAUCCAGCGAUUGUUUAUAUCCUCGUUUUUGCUAAGGUGAAUUGUUGAUGAGCGAGAAAGGAUCAAAACAGUAGAUCGGAAAAAAUGUCUCGGGGCUGCUACAAAGCGUUUGGUCGAAAAGUCAACGGUCCGGCCAACCACACCAGCAUCCAGUUUGACAAAUUGUUCUGCGAAAACAGCAAUAAGCCGUCCGCAUCCAAAUCUGCGGGCACUGUCGGAAAAUGGGGCAUCACGUCUUUUACGUCCAUCAGGAGCUCCAGCUUCACAGUCGGUACCAAGCGGGCUAGGGAUAAACCGAAAGAUGUGGUGAAUAAAUCUCUGGAAGUCGAGUCAGCAGCACUCCCUCGGCCAAAAAAGUUUUUCAAAAGCCGAAACUUUGAGGAUGAAGCUCCUAAAGCCAAACCGAAUAUAGCUCCGCCACCACGGGUUGCCAAUCCGUCAACAAACAAAAAGGUUGAUAAAGUUGUGAAUCCGCCACAGCCUCGGCAUUAUGUUAAAACUACAAAUCGGCCAACAAGAGUGAAAAACUUGAAUAAACAAUUGUAUAACCCAAUCAAAAGUAGGCCCGUGACAGAGCAAUUUUUGAAAAAUCCCACAAGAAAUAUGCCCAUUAAAUGGAACCCAGAACUAAAAAAAUUAAUGGAAGUUAGAGGCUUGCUUCUAUUGCUGCUGCUCAAAAAAUAAUUGAGACAGUUGAUGGGGAUCUCGAGGAAGAUGAUGAUUUGUAUCAAACAGAAGCAAUCAAUUUAUCUGCAGAAAUGAACAUUUCACCACAGAAACCUAGAGAACCUUCACCAUUACACAUAGAGCCACCACAUCCUUUACCUUCUCCAGAGCCUCAGCAUCCUCCAAUUGUUCUUAGAAUAUUCAAGGGGACGUCACAAUUGUUAACAGAAAAUGAGGUCCCAUGUAAAAAAGAAGGAAGAAGAAAGUCUCAUAGUAAUGAAUCUGUUGAAUCUGUUUCUCCUAAGAGACACAGAAGUAAAAGCAAGGAUGAUGAACCUCCGAGAAAAGAAAACCUGAAUCCUUUUGAUGAUACUAUUAUGAAGGAAGAGGUGUUACAACAAGCUGUUGUCGAAACUGUCAGUGAUGACAUUACAAAUUCUCACGUUGACUUUAGUGACAAAAUAAAUCACAUUGACAACAUCGAAAAACAAGUCUGUGAUGAUGACCGUGCUAAACUUCUUAGUGUACUUGAGGAUCAUUCUCAAGGUCCGCUUUCUCCUGAGAUAAAACCAGAAGAGCCUGAAACUGAAACAUAUGAUAUAAAAGAAAAUGAAGUUAAAGAGGAGCAAUAUGAAGUAAAAAAUGAUAAUAAGGUAGAAUGGAUUGCUGAUUAUCGUCCCAUUUCAUCUCCUCCCUUGGAAAAAAAUUUAUCUAAGCCAUUUGAGGACAAGGUUGAACCAAUUGUCCUCAGACGACCACAGGCAAUUUCCAAACCAUCUAGAAAGGCAGGAAGCAUUUUCAAAUCCAGAGCUGCCUCAGGAGAAAAACGUACUGCUCCCAGAUAUAUUCACAACUGGAGUGAUCAAAAAGAUGAAGGGAAAACUGGGCAAUCUAGUGGUAAACCCCAAAGAUCACGAAUUGAAGGAGAAUUUGAUUCAGAGGUGUUAACUCGAGUAACAAAUUAUUCAUCAGGGGAAAAAGAAAAUGAAGAAUUUGAGUCAAUUACGAGUGUAACGUGUAGCAAAAAAGCUAAGAAGUUUUAUACGGUCGUGAGAAAUGUCAAGAAGGCUCAUCAAAUUCAAGAAUCUGGGGAGUUUCAAGAAUUUAAUGAUGAUGUUGAAUAUAUUCUGGACGCAUUACAAGAUAAUAACCCAAUCAGCACUAGAUGUUUAUCCGCCAUUACGUUAGCCUCAAAAUGCAUGGUGCCUGCCUUCAGGAUGCACGUAAGAGCACAUGGCACUGUGACAAAAUUUUUCCGAGCAUUGCACGAUGCCACAAAAGACCAGAGGCUUGGCAUGUGUACGGCCACGGUAAUGUUUGUACUUAGUCAAGACCGGUUGAAUAUGGAUGUUGAUCGGGAUAGCCUUGAACUCAUGCUGAGCCUUUUAGAAAGCGAUGCAUCUCAUAGUUCUGCACUCGAGGGCUGUGGACUUUCAGACAUUGAAUUAAUCAAAACAAAAGAACGAGUGCGGUCACUCUGUCAGGAAAUACAAGAACACGGACAUGCGAAACAUCUUAAUUUGGAGAAUAUUACCGUUGGCCAACUUGCAAUGGAGACACUUUUGAGUCUAACUUCAAGAAGGGCUGGCGAGUGGUUUAAAGAAGAACUGAGAGAUCUUGGUGGCUUAGAGCAUAUUAUAAAAACUGUUGUUGAAACAUGUAAACCAAUUGAUCAUGAUGUCACAGAGUGGACUCCACAGCUUUUAGACAGAUUACGCAAAGCUGACAGAUGUCUUAAAGUCUUAGAAAAUGUUACUCUUCAAAAUGAGGAAAAUAGCAUGUACAUUCUGACAUAUGGUGAUGGUGUCUUGGUCAACACUAUUGUAAAGAUUUUUGCUAUUUGUGACCAGCAGCUUCCGUACUAUCCAUGUUCUUCUAGUAAGGAUAAAGAAUCAGUUGGUGCAAUAAUUCGAGAAUGUCUCAUUGCUAGCUUGAAAGUGCUGAUUAAUCUGACUCAUGAUUUUAACAACAAAUCGUUUGGUUCAUCACGUGUGGGGCAGAAAGAAGGGAUCUUGCAGGCUAGCCUUCACGCUUUGCUUCAUUUGCCACAAUAUGUACCUGAUGAUCAAAAGUUUGAUAUUACUGUUUUAGCUCUUAUUCUUUUAAUAAACCUUGUUGAGCAUUGUGAAGAAAAUAGGAAACUUUUAAUGGAAGCAACAGCCCCUGUAGAUCCUGAAGCUAUGUUUUUAGUCGAAGUCAGUGCUGUUAAUGCCUUGGUCAAACUUUUUCUCCAACAAGAAGAGCUGGCCCGGACAGAAGAAAGAAAAACUGAUGCCAUCCUUGAUGGUGAAAAGCAAGAAGUAACACAACAAGUGCAAAAGUCUAAUGAGGAAUUCAUUGAAGAAACUGUCCAAUUAUUAUUACAAAAAGCUGGAAGGCACAUGGAGCAUACUUUAAUAGGUGCUUAUAUCGCUUUGUUAUUAGGCUAUCUCACUAUAGAUAACGAGGAGUAUGAAAAAUUUGUAAGAGGGUAUAUGCCGAACCAAAAUUAUGAAAUGAUAUUGUCUGUCUUACAGAAGUUUUAUAAUUUCAUGACCCUAACUGCAAGUUCAGGAUCAACAAGUAGUCGUGGCAUUAAAGCGACAGAGAGGCUGAUCAAACAGUUGACAGAAAUUGACAAAGCGAUAACUGGUGUAGAUGCAAAGGAAAAAAAGGAAUAACAUUCAAAAUGUUAUUGUGCCUAUAUUUAUUUAUUUAAUUUUUUCAAACUUGAAGAAUAGCCUGUGGAAAUCCACAACAUGUGUAAAAAUAUAUAUAUUUUAAUUGUACAGUUAUUUAUUAUAUUUAAAACAUUUGAUGAAUCUGCUGUACAUUUUGUUCUGCUUGCUGUAUAUUGCUUUAAAUGUAUUAAAGCAAUUGUGUAUAGGACAAAAGAUGCAUUAAUUUUAUAAGUUUGUUAAAUUAAAUAUAAAUAUUGUAUAAUAAUUUACAUAAGAUAAUUACGCUCAUGAUGCAACUUAUAACUUGUUUUAGUUGUUAAAUUGUCAUUUUUAAGAAAGAGUAAUUGCAAGAUUGAAAGAUAAACCUCUUUCAUAACAUUAAUUGUUGGAUGAUGAACAUUUAAAGAUGUAAGUAAAAAUAAGUUUGGAAUAAGGACAUUGUAAAUUAACUGUACAUAGAUGUUGAUUUCUGCACUGUAAAGUAAUAUAUUUUUAUUCAGAAUAGAUUUCA